CGCAAUUCUUGAUAAUUCCGUAAUAUUAAAUUAUUCUCUUCACAAUUUACGGAUAACGAUAAAGUUAAUAAUAUAAAAUUGAGUUUUUAAAAUUCAAAAGAAAUUAUAGCGCCUCAUUAAAUGAGCUACUACAAUGAUGGAUGAUUUGCAAAAACUCGAAUAUUUUUCACUGGUGUCGAAAAUUUGCACUGAACUGGACAACCAUUUGGGAUUAAAUGAUAAGGACUUGGCGGAGUUUAUUAUCGAUAUGGAAGAAAAAAAUCCAACUUUAAAUAGUUUUCGGGAUGCAUUAUGCAACUUUGGUGCAGAGUUUUCAGAUUCUUUUAUAGCAAAUUUACAACGCAUAAUAAAAUUGAUGAGACCCAAGUGUAAUGAUAAUUGGCAUUCAGGUAACGACAGUUUUAAGAGUAAUAAAAAAAAUAAAUUAACACUUAUGUUUCCUGGUUUGGCAUUACCAAAUGAUAAAUUUAGCGCACAUAUUAAAGAUGGUGAAAAAAAAGAUGACGUUGCAAACAAUGCAACCGUCGAUGGAAGUAACGACAAAACUGUUGUUGACGAUCUAAUGAUGGAACUGGAAUCAUUGGCUCCAAGUGUUGAGGUUGCAACAAAAACAAAACAGCGGUCAAAUAGUCCUUCGAUGAAAAAUCAAAAAACCGGAACAGAUCCUAUAAAAUGCAAUUGGAAACGUCUUCGUAGUCCAAAUAGAAGGUCAAAUAAACAUCGCUCACGCGAACGGAAUGAAAGAAAAAGAAGAUCGAGAUCAAAAUCUAGGGAUCGUACAAGGCGUCGCUCCCGUUCUAGGUCGCAUGAACGCAGUAGAAAAUAUCGUUCUAGAUCGCGUUCCCAUGAACGCCGCCGUGACAGUAAAAGAGAACGAAAAGCAACGCCAACUCCAAUGCCUGACGACCCUGAACCAGGCAAUAUUUACAGUGGUAAAGUUGAGAAUAUUGUUCCAUUCGGUUGCUUUGUACAACUGUUUGGUCUUCGCAAACGUUGGGAAGGUUUGGUGCAUAUAUCACAGUUGCGCUCAGAGGGACGGGUAACAGAUGUUACAGAAGUUGUGCACCGUAAUCAAACAGUUAAAGUAAAAGUAAUGUCCAUAACUGGACAAAAAGUUUCACUUUCAAUGAAAGAGGUUGAACAGGAAACGGGUAGGGAUUUAAAUCCACUUUCCCAUGCACCACCGCCAGAGCAGGAACAUAGGGACCGCAAUCCGGAUAGACCAUUUAGUAGUAGUACUUCCUUGCUUAAUUUAAAGGGCGGAAAUAUGGAUAACGAUGAAAACGAAUCGCGUAAGCGUGUCACUCGUAUAUCUAGUCCAGAACGUUGGGAAAUUAAACAAAUGAUAAGUUCUGGUGUGCUUGAUCGUAGUGAGUUACCCGAUUUUGAUGAGGAAACGGGGUUAUUGCCCAAAGAAGAAGACGACGAAGCUGAUAUAGAAAUUGAAAUUGUUGAAGAAGAACCACCAUUUUUAUCUGGUCACGGUCGUGCAUUGCAUGAUCUCUCACCUGUACGCAUAGUUAAGAAUCCAGAUGGUUCACUGGCACAAGCAGCUAUGAUGCAGUCAGCACUUUCUAAAGAACGUCGGGAACAAAAAAUGUUACAACGCGAACAAGAUAUGGAUGCGUUACCAGCUAGCUUAAACAAAAAUUGGAUUGAUCCUUUACCUGAAGAAGAUAGUCGUACAUUGGCAGCAAAUAUGCGUGGUAUUGGUGCUGCACCCAUGGAAGUACCAGAGUGGAAGAAACAUGUCAUUGGUGGCAAAAAGUCAUCCUUUGGUAAAAAAACUGAUAUGUCUUUAGUAGAACAACGUCAAUCACUUCCAAUUUAUAAAUUGCAAGAUGAUCUUAUUAAAGCGGUGUCUGAUAAUCAAAUUCUAAUUGUUAUCGGUGAAACGGGUUCAGGCAAAACAACUCAAAUUACUCAAUAUUUAGCUGAAUGUGGGUUCACAGCACGAGGAAAAAUCGGUUGUACACAACCUCGACGAGUGGCUGCCACUUCAGUAGCACAACGUGUGGCAGAAGAAUAUGGUUGUCAUCUAGGUCAGGAAGUUGGUUACACCAUACGGUUUGAAGACUGUACAAGUCCUGAGACUACCAUUAAAUACAUGACUGAAGGAAUGUUACUUCGCGAAUGUCUACUUGAAUCUGAUCUGAAAUCUUACUCGGUUAUAAUGUUGGAUGAAGCACACGAACGUACCAUAUACACUGAUGUCUUAUUUGGUUUACUGAAGACUGCUGUACAAAAACGACCCAAAUUGAAACUCAUUGUAACUUCUGCUACGUUAGAUGCUGUCAAAUUUUCACAGUACUUUUUCGAAGCACCCAUAUUUACUAUACCUGGUCGUACAUUCCCUGUUGAAGUGUUAUAUACUAAAGAACCUGAAGUCGAUUAUUUAGAUUCUUCAUUAAUUACUGUAAUGCAAAUACACUUACGUGAACCACCUGGAGAUAUACUACUCUUCUUGACUGGUCAAGAGGAAAUUGAUACUGCAUGUGAAAUACUCUAUGAGCGAAUGAAAAGUUUGGGCUCUGAUGCACCUGAGUUAAUUAUAUUACCCAUCUAUUCUGCUUUACCUUCAGAAAUGCAAACACGUAUUUUUGAUCCGGCACCUGCGGGUAGUCGAAAAGUGGUUAUAGCCACAAAUAUCGCCGAAACAUCUCUGACAAUUGAUGGAAUAUUUUAUGUAGUUGAUCCCGGGUUUGUCAAACAAAAAGUCUACAAUUCGAAAACUGGAUUUGACUCAUUGGUGGUCACACCAAUUUCACAGGCUUCUGCUAAACAAAGAGCUGGUCGUGCCGGGCGUACAGGACCUGGUAAAUGUUAUCGCUUAUACACUGAACGUGCUUAUAGGGAUGAAUUGUUACCUUCACCAAUACCAGAAAUUCAACGUACGAAUUUAGCUUACAUUGUGUUACAGCUGAAAACUAUGGGCAUAAAUGAUUUAUUAAAUUUCGAUUUUAUGGAUGCGCCGCCUGUUGAGUCGUUAGUGAUGGCAUUGGAAAACCUGCACUCACUGUCGGCACUUGAUAAUGAGGGUUUACUAACACGUUUGGGAAGACGGAUGGCAGAAUUUCCUUUAGAGCCGAAUCUUUCGAAAAUGCUUAUUAUGUCUGUAGCUUUGCAAUGCUCCGAUGAGGUAUUAACUAUUGUCUCCAUGUUGAGUGUACAAAAUGUAUUUUACAGACCUAAGGAUAAACAAGCACUAGCAGAUCAGAAAAAGGCAAAAUUUAAUCAAGCUGAGGGUGAUCAUCUAACGUUACUUGCGGUUUACAACAGCUGGAAAAACAAUAAAUUCUCCAAUGCAUGGUGCUAUGAAAAUUUUGUACAAAUACGCACACUUAAACAUUCACAAGAUGUUCGAAAGCAGCUGCUUGGCAUUAUGGAUCGACAUAAACUGGAUGUUGUAUCAGCAGGAAAAAAUUCUGUGCGCAUACAAAAAGCAAUAUGUUCUGGUUUCUUUAGAAAUGCUGCGAAAAAAGAUCCACAGGAAGGUUAUCGUACUCUGGUAGACUCUCAAGUUGUUUACAUACAUCCGUCAAGUGCUCUCUUUAAUCGACAACCGGAAUGGGUUAUAUAUCACGAGCUUGUACAAACUACUAAAGAGUACAUGCGAGAAGUAACCACCAUCGAUCCUAAAUGGUUGGUGGAAUUUGCACCAUCUUUCUUUAGAUUCUCUGACCCCACAAAAUUAAGUAAAUUCAAGAAAAAUCAACGUCUUGAACCUCUCUAUAAUAAAUAUGAGGAACCGAAUGGUUGGCGCAUAUCCAGAGUUCGAAAGAGAAGAAACUAAGCUAUGUAAACGAUUCAUUUGUCGAUACAUUAUAUUAUAUAAUUGUAUAUUAAUAUUAGAAUACGUUUAAAUUGUAUAUAUGAAAAAUUGAUCAAAUAUAUUUAGUGCUCUUUAUUAACAUAAAGAUGAAAAU